UCACUCUGACUGACACAUUACUGGAUUGACACUAAAUUGGAUUUUAGGCUUUAGCAAAAACAAGCAUGGAGGAAAGUUCAUCUGAACAAUCUGCUGAUCUUUCCGACGAAGAGCUUCAGCAUGCGCUGUUGUCUGGCAAAUUAAAACCUGGUCUUAAUCAUGUUGUAGAGAAAGUACAGAAAGUUUUUAUCAAUAAGGAGGAUAAACUCAAGGAGAAAUAUGAUGAAAUCAAACUGGAUCUUAAUUGGUUAGAAAGAUUGGAUAUUACAUGUGAUCUUAAAAAAGGAAAUAAGCAAAAAUGGAAAAUUUCUCCAAUAUUGAUCAAGACGACUUCAAAGGGAAAUGAUGUUCUACCAACAAUCAAAAUGGCUGUUGUUCAAGCAUUGUCAAAGUUGAAAAAACUUGGAAUUUCUACAGAGCGACCCUCUGAUUACUUUGCUGAAAUGGUGAAAACAGAUGACCACAUGCAGAAGGUAAGAGAAAAGCUUAUCACAAAAGAAUUGGUUAUGGAGAAGUCAGAAAAGGCAAGAAAAAUGAGGGAAAUGAAGAAAUAUGGUAAAAAGGUGCAGCAAGAGGUAUUGCGGAAAAGGCAGCAAGAAAAAAAACAGAUGCUUGAUUCUGUGAAGAAGUAUCGAAAAGGCCAGAAAGGAAAACCGGAGUUUUUAACAAACGAUAAUGAUGAAUUUGAAGUAAAUACAGAGAAAGGGGCAAAAAGAUCAGCUGGUAAUACUGUCCAAGGAAAAUCAGCUAAAAGGCAGAGAAAAGAUGUCAAGUAUGGAUUUGGUGGAAAAAAGCGAGCAAACAAACGUAACACGUCUGAAAGCGUUGAUGAUAUUCGUUCAUUUAGUUCUGCUAAACACAACAAAAGUCCACGGGCAAAAACGAAGACGAAAGCAAAACGACUUGGCAAGUCGAGACGACAAAAAAUUAAAGGAAAAGCGAGAUAGUGAAAAACAUAAACAUAGCUUCAAAUAAUGAAAUCCUGGCCAAUCUCCAAGAAUAUUUACCCACCAUAAAGCUCUUUGGGGGUCGAUUUUUGAACUGCUAACGCUAAGUUCGUUAUCUACGUACGAGAGAGAAUAUAGUUUUAAUAGUCCUUUCUGUUUCUUUAUUGGCGCCAAUAGUUUUAACGUCUAAGUACCAGGUUUUAAAAUUAUUUAAUCGGUAUUGUUAAGCUUGUUCACUCGUCAUUUCUUUCUUUUCAUGGUGUAAAAUUUAAACGAACACCAUCACGUAAGUACGAGCACCAGAGGAAUCAUUUCUGUUAAUUUUUCCUAACAAUUUUUGGCUUCAAAGUGGAACUGUUUUUAAUAGAACAUUUUAUUAAAUUUUAAAAACGA